AAUAGAAAAAUAAACAAACAAAUCCAACACGGACGAUGAUAGUGCGCUCGAUUCGUUGCUCUGCUUGUUUUCACGUAGUGAAGAAAAAUGAAUGCAGCUGAAAUUCAAGAAAAGUUCGAUCAUCUCUGCCGUUUUUGUUUAUCAGAGAAAGAGUGCAUUUUCAUUUUCAACGCAGAACAUGAGCUAAACGAGCGAUUGUUCAAAUUCAUAGACAUAAUACUCACAAAGGUAGAUGACGCCGAUGGAUUUCCAAAUAAUGUAUGCUCGAAAUGUGUUGACUGCAUGGAGAAAAUUCAGGAUUUUGAAGCUACAUGUUUAAAAUCGUACAAUAUCUUAGAGAAUGCAAAGAUAUCAUCUAAGAAAUUCGGUAGCGGUACAAUCGAAGAGGGUACAGAACAUGGGAAACAUCAGAACGAAUGCUUGCUUGACGAAGCUAUAUCGGACAUGAAGAAUGCAGAGACGGUAUAUGCAGAGGAAGAAAUAAACGUCGAACGACUCGAGGAUGAGGACAGCGAAUUAAUAUUCGAUGAAGACACUGUUCAACCAGAUAUUCAUGACGUAAAAAGUGAACUACAGUCCACCUCACAGAAUUUAUCAGUUGAGCAGCAACGUAUGUUGGAUGCCGCGAUGGAAACUAGGCCCAGUAAAUUUAUAGAAAGAAAUGGUCGUCGAGUACCACUGAUCGAAUGCACAUAUUGCAAAAAUGUGUAUCGUGGACGGAAUACACUCAAAAAACACCUUCGUAUUCACUUGGGUAUAAAGGACUAUCAAUGUAAUUAUUGUCCACGAACCUUCACCGAUAGGAGCUCACUUCGCAUUCAUCAAGGACGACAUGUAGGGAAAUCUUUCAAGUGUCCUCACUGUUCCAAAUCAUAUUUCAGCCAAAACGAGCUUCGACAACAUCUCACAAUGCAACAUCUGGAACGGAGGUACGUAUGCGACGUUUGUCAACGAAGAUUUCCGUCGAGAACAAUUUUAAACGAUCACUCACGCGUUCACCUUCCGGAUCGUCCGUUUGUGUGCAAACAAUGUGGAGCGGGUUUCAAACGAAAUCGUAACCUGUUGAGACAUCAACUGUUACAUCAGAAGACUGGUACUGAAAACCAGCAUUCCUGGACUUGUCCACUAUGCUCUGCAACAAAAUCAAGUCCCACUAUAUUGUUGAAUCAUUUGAAACAAAAUCAUUGUGAUGAAUUUGAAACGUUAAGUACUGAGAAUCAUCGUUGUAUGAAGUGCAUAACUUCUGCAUUCGCUGAUUUCAGAGAGUAUCUUGUUCAUCAACAAACGCACUAUCCUCCGUCAACUGAGUGUAAAUUUUACAGUUGUACUGAUUGUGAUAAAAAAUUCAAAUGCAAGUCUUCUGCCACAAAGCAUUUAUUGAAGCAUUCUGGAAUUGGUAGUUUCAUAUGCGAGAAAGACGAUUGUGGAAAGAUGUUCAAAGACGAAUCAGAAUACGAUCGACAUCAGCAACAGAAUCAUUCCAAUCGUUGAUGUUAGCAAUAAAGCACGUUCUCGUUCAGGCCCAUUAUCGCAAUAUUAAUUAGAUGACCCUUUCCUAUUAGUUAAAUUUUUUUAAAGAGAAACCGGCAAUGACAUCACGUUGUUGCUCAUCUUGCUUAUGUUAUCCUGCAACAAGUAAAUCAUUUUUGGAAUUUUAUGGAGAUGACGAGAAUAGAAUGUUCCCAA